AGCUGCUAACUUGCCGCUGUGCGGAGUCACAUUCACUCGGAUGAGGAACGCAGAGCAAACUGACAUCUGAAAGCAUCCUUCUCCCAUCGUUAUUAAAGUCAGCGCCAUGGCUGGUUUCAGGCAGGAGGAUGUUGAUCUGUAUUAUGAGAUGGGAGAGGAGCUGGGCAGUGGACAGUUUGCCAUCGUUCGUAAGUGCAAGGAGAAGAGCACAGCCAUUGAGUAUGCAGCCAAGUUCAUCAAGAAGAGGCGGUUGUCGUCCAGUCGGCGGGGAGUCAGCCGGGAGGAGAUUGAGCGAGAGGUCAAUAUCCUGCGGGAGAUUCAGCACAGUAACAUCAUCACCUUGCAUGACAUCUUUGAGAACAAGACGGACGUGAUCCUCAUCCUGGAACUGGUGUCCGGCGGAGAGCUCUUUGACUUUCUGGCUGAGAAGGAGUCUCUUACUGAGGAAGAAGCUACACAGUUUCUCAAGCAGAUCCUGGACGGCGUUCAGUACCUCCAUUCCAAACGCAUUGCUCACUUCGACCUCAAGCCUGAAAAUAUCAUGCUAUUGGACAAGAAUGUACCCAACCCGAGGAUAAAGCUGAUUGAUUUUGGGAUCGCUCAUCAGAUCAAAGCAGGAAAUGAGUUCAAGAACAUCUUUGGGACUCCAGAGUUUGUCGCACCAGAAAUAGUCAACUAUGAGCCGCUUGGCCUGGAGGCAGACAUGUGGAGCAUCGGGGUAAUCACAUACAUUCUGCUGAGCGGUGCAUCACCAUUUCUGGGCGAGACCAAGCAGGAGACUUUGACCAACAUAUCUGCUGUCAACUAUGACUUUGAUGAAGAGUACUUUAGCAACACCAGCGAGCUGGCCAAGGACUUCAUACGGCGUCUGUUGGUCAAGGAUCCAAAAAAGAGAAUGACGAUUGAUGACAGCCUCCAGCAUCCCUGGAUUAAGGUGAUCAAGAGGCGGAACGUGCGGCAAGAGGAGCGAGACCACAAGACUGAGCGCCGCCGCCUGAAGACCACACGCCUGAAGGAGUACACCAUCAAAUCCCACUCCAGCAUGCCGCCCAACAACACUUAUGUCAACUUUGAGCGCUUCUCCCAGGUGCUCGAGGAGAUUUCCGUGGCAGAGGAGGGUUUGAAGGAGUUGGAGCGCAAUCAGCGCUCAUGCCAGGAAGAUGUGGCUGCGUUGCUGUCCAUAUAUGAGGAGAAAGAGGGCUGGUACAAGGAGGAGAACCAGAGCAUUUCCACUGACCUGAGCCACAUUCACCAGGAGCUGCAGCGCACACGGGCUCAGCGCAAGAAGUGCCAGGAGGAUGCUCGGCUCACGAUGCAGGCUGCCAACAUCCUCAAGCGCAAGUUUGGGCGUCUGGAGAACCGGUAUGAAGUCCUGGCUGAACAGGUGGCCUCCGAAGUCCGCUGGGUAGAGGAGCUGGUCAAGUCCAUUUCUGCGGAGAAGGAUCUCCUGAGCUCUGGCAGCAUGCUCUGAGUUCAGCUGUCAUCCAGCAGUGACAUUUUCAUCAUUAGGUAUCCUUCUGCCCAUCUGCUCUGCUUGUGCAUUUCACGGUGGAGUUUGAGAGAGUCAAGUUAUCAGUCUAAGCUAAGAAGAGAGAGCCGGACGCAGAGAGGCGACAUAUUGAAGCCAUUCCCACACGAGAAGGUUAAUUCCUGUGUUUUUAUAAAUUAAUUUAUAAUUUUAGCCAUUUUUUGUUUUUCAUAUAUAUAUAUAUAUAUAUAUAUAUAUAUAUAUAUAUAUAUAUCUCUGACUAUCAGCCAGCUAUCACUACAAACUCCUGGCUAGAGUAGAAAUGCAUUAAUGUAUUUUUCUUAUCUUGGUUACCAUUUUUAAAACCAGUCUUAAUUUUUUUUUGUUAUUUUAUAUUCUAUCAGCAUUAGUUUAUUUCUUUCAGCCUCAACUUGCACGUCAGUUACGUGAGAGUCUUACGGUAUAUGGUGAAUAGUACAAGAGUGUACUAUGUGAGGCAUUUCCGGUGAAUUUAUUCCAGCUGUUGCAUACAUUUUAGAUUUGAUUUCACCUGACCUUUUAAAGUCUUAUCUGUUGGAAUCAGGGUAUCAACCGUACAAUGCAAUAAAUGUAAAGCCUCAGCCAAGAAAACAAGAGGCCAUUUUUAAAACCACAUGCAGAACUGUGUAACACACCUACAACGCAGUAUGUAGCAUGUACUGCUUACUGUGUUGUAGUACUUAGUAUGCCAUGUUAUAAUGUAGUUGUAGUGUCCCACAGCAUUAUGGGAAGACUGGUCAGUUGCAUGCUGGACAUUUUAUUGGAAGUAUUAAAUUAUUUCGGUGUUUCUUGUAUACAGCAGUACAAGUGCUUGUAUCCUGUAGACUGCAGCUACGAUCUGGCAAAAUCAGAAGGCACCAGUAGUGUAGUAUGAGGUUUCACAAAUGGCCUUUGUUUUAAGGUUAGGCUUUAUUCUUUUUUUUCUUUCUUUUUUUU